AUGCGAGACCCCUACGCCUCACUCCUGCUGCAUGGCGUGAAGACCGUGGAAACCCGAAAUCACCCCAUGCUGAAGGGAGUUGUUGGCCCAUGUCUGCUCCAUGUUGGCUAUAAAACAAUGGACGAGAGCGUCGCGUCGGAAUUCCUUUGGCGCCGCAACUUGCUCGACGAUAAAGACUUGGAGAGAAUGCUGAAGCCUCCAGAUGGCUUGGCCCGUGGUCAGGUCCUUGGCCUGCUGGAUCUCGCUGCCACCCGACAGUAUUCAUCAGAUGAAUUGAGGUUGCCCGAAGUUCAGAAUGCAGUGACUUCUGAGGCCGUGGGAAAGUGGGCGACGCCGGUUCGCAGUGCCUGGUGGCUUGAGUCACCUCUUAAGGUUGCAGGCCAGCCUGGUGUGUGGACUGUGCGGCUUCCUCGAUCUGCUGUGCCGUCAGCAGCGUUGCCUCUCUUAAGCCCGUCAACAAUAUCUGAUGUUGCAUCUCUGCCAAAGCUCAUGGUUUUCGACCUGGAUGGAGUCUGCUGGUCUCCAGAAAUGUAUCAAACGAAAGGGGGUCCACCCUACAGCCUCGUGGCACCGGGUGUCGUCAAGAAUUCAAAAGACGAGGAGAUCAAGCUAUUUGACGGUGUCUUCGCUGUGUGGAAGAUGUUUCACAGUCCACAGGCCCGUUCUCACGGCGUGCGUGUGGCGGUGGCCAGCAGCUCUCGCAGGAACAAAGCAAUACCUUUGCUGGAGACCAUGGAGAUUCUCCCUGGCGUCUCCAUGAAGGAUAUCAUUGAUUGGAGGCUUUUCGAGAUGUACUAUCGGCGUGGUGAAGGUAAGCGGCCCCACCUCGAGGCGCUGCUUUCAAAGACUGGAGUUGCCCCCAGCGAUGUGCUUUUUUUGGACGAUGCUGCGGAGAACAUUCGAUCUGUUAGGCCCCUGGGUGUCCAUGCGGCGCAAACAAAACUGACAUCCGACCAGAACCUUGACAUCUUGAAAGCAUUGAUGGAGGAGACGGACAUCAGGAUAGCGGAGGUCAAACGAGAUGCUUACGAGUUCAGGCGAGACAUUGUAGUCGGCGCGGAGAAUCCUCGGACCGGCAAAACCAUUGCAGAGAAGGUUUUGAAAUAUAUGGAGGACAAGUUGACUCAGAAGGACAUGCAAAUUAACAAGCUCCUGAUGAAGAACCAAGCGUACAAGGUGGCCAUUAAGAAGGCCGAGCAGCAGCUAAAGUCCAAAGCGGAGACUGGGGAUGAUCUGCAGUACAUAGACUUCCAUCAGUUGCAAAUUGAGAACUCCCAGUUUGUGAAACGGAUUGAGGAAGCGAAUCAGGAGCUGAUCGAGCUGAAGCGGCGUGCUGGGAGGACGGUGAAGAUCCUCAACAACAUGAAAAAGCGCCUGAGCAGCCUUACCGCUGAGGCAAAGUUCCUUGAAGAUGAGAUUAAAGAGCGGAAGGCCAUGCUGGCAAAGACGGAGCAUGACAUUGUCAAAGUGGUCGAGGAAACGUCUGAAUGGCAUGGAGAAGGAGGCUGCGCGCAAGGAGCACAAGAAGCUACGGGCACAGUUCAGCUCCCAGCUAUGGAUGUUGAGCUGGCAAAGUGGCAGCAGUUCGGGCAGCCCAUGUCACGAGUUGCUCUGGAGGUCGAGGCAAUCCCCGGAGAUGCCUCAAGUGGUGCUGAGCUGAGCAACGUCCCUUCCAGCGGGACCGAAGAUCUGGCGUUAGCAGGUGCAUGUUUUCGGACGCAGGUAGAUUAUGUUAGCCAAAAGGCGGAGGCUUACGAGCUGGAGGCUGGGAACUCCGCUACAUCACCCGAGGCAGAAACUGCGGCCAAGCGAAUUCGCCAAGCUGUGAAAAAUGGAGUCCAGAAUCUGGCAGAAGGUAUCGCAACCAUUGGACAAGGUAAGCAUCAGCAAGCCUGUCCCGUCCCCUCACUUGCCAUGAAUGCAUGGACAUGCGCUAUCCACCGGAAGCUGUACAAGUUCGUCCGCGGCUUGAUUGUCACAUGCAGGCAGCUGUGUGGCCACUGCAACCUUGCUAAUGGAAGCGGCAACACCUUCAUUCAUGUGGCGAGCCCAGCUGCCCCGGACGACGGCAUUCGAGCCGCGGUAUCGUGUCCGGCCUCGCAUGCUGGCAUUAUCCACAGAGCCUUCAAGGAUUUUCAGGAGGAUUCCAUCCCUGCCAGCAAGCCCGUCAUCUGCUUGGAGGAUGCCCUUUUUGAUCAUUGCGCAAGCCUGUGGGCUGGCACUAUCAACAGCGAUCCGUCUUGGCAGUGGCCGUCUUCCAUCUCCGGUCAGCAAGUACCCGCAAAUCCUUACGUGAAGCUAUCACCUGCAUCGCCAGAGCUGCCAAGCAUCGGUUCCAGCGGCCACUAUGCCGGGGAAUGUAAGCCGUGCUCCUUCCUGUAUGCCAAGGGAUGCAAGAAUGGUGUGACAUGUAUGUUUUGCCACCUAUGCGACAGAAGCGAGAAGAAGAGGCGUCAGAAGGCAAAGCGAGCUGCUUUGAACAAAGCUGGCCCGCGGACUUUGUACGACAAAAUUUGGACGGACCAUUUGGUCCAUGAGGCCGACGGGACCUCCCUGAUCUACAUUGACCGUCAUCUUGUUCACGAGGUCACCAGCCCUCAAGCUUUUGAGGGCUUGAGGCUCAGCAGUCGAGAGGUCCGACGCACAGACUGUACCUUGGCCACCGUAGACCACAACAUCCCGACUUCAUCGCGCAAGAAUUUCAAGGAUACCAAAAGCUUCAUAGCGGAAGCAGACUCGCGACAGCAGGUUGUGACACUGGAAGACAACGUGCAAGCGUUUGGCCUUACAUACUUCGGGAUGGAGGACAGGCGACAAGGCAUUGUGCACGUCAUUGGUCCAGAACAGGGCUUCACGCUCCCGGGCACCACAGUAGUUUGUGGAGAUAGCCACACCUCUACCCACGGAGCGUUUGGAGCGUUGGCUUUUGGCAUCGGCACGUCAGAAGUUGAGCAUGUUCUUGCAACGCAAACGCUGCUAAUGAACAAAGGCAAAAAUAUGCGCGUCAAGGUCUCUGGUAAGCUGGCUGAAGGCGUCACUUCAAAGGAUGUGAUUCUGCACAUCAUUGGCAUCAUUGGCACAGCCGGUGGAACUGGCAGCGUCAUCGAAUACUGCGGAGAUGUUUUUGAGAACAUGUCCAUGGAGGCAAGAAUGUCCGUGUGCAACAUGACCAUUGAAGCAGGAGCUCGGGCCGGUAUGGUGGCUCCUGAUGAGAUCACUUUCAACUACCUGAAAGGAAGGCCGCUCUGCCCAAAGGGAAAGGAUUGGGACAAGGCAGUGGAAUAUUGGAAAAGCUUGCGAACCGACAGGGGGGCAAAGUUUGACAAGGAGAUCAAUAUUGACGCAGCAGACAUUGCUCCAACGGUGACAUGGGGAACGAGCCCAGAGGAUGUUAUCUCGAUCACAGGCAAAGUUCCGGAUCCUGCUGAGGCGAAGGAUGAGACAAAGAGGAGCGGGAUGCAGCGAGCCUUGCAGUACAUGGGUUUGGAGCCCGGAACCAACAUGCAAGACAUCUCAGUGCAGAAGGUAUUUAUAGGCUCUUGCACAAACAGCCGCAUAGAGGAUAUGCGCAGUGUCGCUGCGGUAGUAAAGGGCAAGAAGGUGGCCGCAGGUGUCGAUGCCAUGAUCGUGCCUGGCUCUGGACUGGUUAAGAAGCAGGCCGAGGCUGAGGGCCUCGACAAGAUCUUUGUCGAGGCUGGCUUUGACUGGCGGGAACCAGGCUGUUCGAUGUGCCUCGGCAUGAACCCGGAUCGCCUCAAACCGCAGGAGCGAUGCGCCGCCACCUCCAAUAGAAACUUCGAGGGCCGACAGGGCCCGCAGGGUCGCACUCACCUCAUGAGUCCAGCAAUGGCUGCUGCAGCAGCGGUGACUGGAAAGCUCAAGGAUGUCCGGGAGCUCCUGCCAGAAAUGCAGGCAAGCAAACCUCAGCAAACAAGUGACAGCAAGGACUUCUACUCUGAUCCCAUUGACUGGAAGGCACCAAAGGAGCGGCCUGGUGAAGCCACGGCGCCAGCAGCCGAAUCUGCGGGCAUGCCCAAGUUUACCAGUUUGGACGACGUCAUCGCCUGCCCUCUCAGAAAAGCGAACGUUGACACCGACUGCAUCAUUCCCAAACAGUUUUUGAAGACGAUCAAAAGGACAGGGUUGGGGAAGGCGGCUUUUUUUGAGCUUCGGUAUGAGGAUGAUGGAGUCACCGAAAACAAGUCUUUCAUUCUCAACCAGGAGCCCUACAGAACAUCGUCAGUGCUCAUUGCUGGUGAGAAUUUCGGAUGCGGCUCGUCAAGAGAACAUGCGCCAUGGGCGCUGAACGACCAGGGCAUCCGCUGCAUUAUUGCGCCGAGCUUCGCCGACAUCUUCUUCAACAAUUGCUUCAAGAACGGAAUGCUGCCAAUCGUGGUGACCAAGGAUGUCGUCGAGGAGCUGUGGACACAUGCAGAGGCAAAGAAGAAACUUAGCGUGGACCUCCAGAGUCAGGAGAUCAGAAGAGAAGGCUGCGAGGCCGUCCGUUUUGAAGUUGACCCAUUCCGAAAGCACUGCCUUUUGAAUGGCCUGGACGACAUUGGCUUGACGCUGCAGAAAAGCGACCACAUAGACAGUUUUGAGGCUAGGCGGAGCUCCAUGUUUCCUUGGCUGGAUGGUCCUAGAUACAGCCGAUUGAAGGCGGAGGUUCGCAUUAGCACGACCAAGUCCGCCGCGUUCUACGCACGAGUCUCCAAGGGAUUCCUGGCUGGACUACCGGCAAGUGAUGAUCGGCCUGAGCGCCCGCCAGCUGCGCAGCUCAUUCUGACUGCCACCGGCAACGCCAUCGAGAGAGCAGUUCGUGUCUCGCAGGACCUCCAGGGUGAAGGCGAAGCAGACGUGUUGAAGGUUCGUACGCAGAUGGCAAGACACCUACGGGUGUCAAACACGGCGCAUGUGUCAGUGUAUUUGUGCCCGCAUGCUGCGUGA